CUGUAAAAUAGUAAAAAUUGCACGGAUUUUUGACAAAAAAUGUCAAGUGAAAAAUAUGACCCUGCUUUGGGACAAUUAAAAAAAUGUAGUUUAACUAAAGGACAAAAAAAUUUAGACAAUGUUCCUUUCAGGAAUAUGGGAUUCGUCGUCGACAAAGUCUCUGAAGAUUCGUUCUACGAAAACUUGCUUCUGGGACUCUCAAAGGUCCUUGAAAGAUCUCCAUACGUGUCCAAUUUGAACAUGAAUCGCUUCCAAGGUUUGAGGCAGAUCGAAAUACGGAACUGGGAGCACAACAACGCUAUAAAUCUACCGGAAAACUUGAAAGCUUUUUACAAUUCUUCCAAUGGUUUUCUGUACACUUACGAAUUUUCUUAUCAAGAUGACAGUCAAGAAGGAGGGCGGGGUGCUGCGAGACAAGGAAAAAUACAGGUUAAUCAAAUAGGCGAUUUGGUGAGAAUUUACGGGUACGAAACCAAAAACACUGCUUCGAUAGAAAAAAUCGGAGAAAAGCACAAAUUGAAUCUGUCCAAAGAAAGUAAAGUGUUUGAACUGUGCACAGUAGACGAUAACGCGAAAGUAGCUUUAGUCUAUACGAACUCGUACGAAGUACCGACGAUAUGGCUGUACUCCAACAAAAAUAUGACGUUUUACCACAUAGCUAACGAUUUCACAGUUUAUUUCCGCAUGUGCAUCGCCCAUCUGGGAAUCCCCUGCUGGCAGUACGUCGUCUCAAAAGAAGGCCUUCCCGAAUGGGCGAAAGAAAUAUUCACAUUGCUAGCGCCGGGCGUCUUAAACGAAGAGAGAAAUCUAGUGGAAAUUCCGAAAUUCAACGUAGACGAGGUCAAUAAAAUUGAUCCGGGAAUCUUUUUGAAUAGUUCGCUUAGUUCUACUUCACUAUUUCACUCGUUACAUCAGACUAAGUCUAAGGAAAAGAAAAUUAAGGCUAUGCCUAAGAAGCAACCUAAUAGUAGAGUAAUUAAAACUAUCAAAUAAAUUUAGAAAUUAA